AUGCUGACAGAAUGUUUUCUUGCUAUAAAUAGUUCCGGCGCCUCUGGAGGUUUUAACACGAUCAAGGUCGUUGCUCGGUUUCGGCCACAGAAUAAGGUAGAAAUCGCGAACGGUGGUGAACCGAUUGUGGAUUUUGAAUCUGAAGAAACAUGCAGAAUAAACUCAAAAGAGGCUUCAAGCACCUUUACCUUCGACCGGAUAUUUGACAUGAGCUCCAAACAGUCGAAUGUGUUUGACUUCUCUAUCCGAUCAACCGUCGACGAUAUUAUGAAUGGCUACAACGGGACCGUGUUUGCGUACGGCCAGACUGGUGCUGGAAAGUCCUACACAAUGAUGGGAUCUGAUAUUGAUGAUCCAGACGGGAAGGGAAUCAUACCUCGGAUUGUGGAGCAGAUAUUCACCAGCAUCCUGACCAGCCCCGGCAACAUCGAAUACACAGUGCGGGUCAGCUACAUGGAAAUUUACAUGGAGCGGAUAAGAGAUUUGUUGGUGCCGCAAAAUGAUAACCUCCCCGUCCAUGAGGAAAAGUCAAGGGGUGUGUAUGUCAAAGGCUUGCUGGAAAUAUACGUGUCGAGUGUGCAGGAAGUAUUCGAGGUAAUGAGACGCGGUGAUACGUCGAGAGCGGUAGCAGCGACAAAUAUGAACCAGGAAUCCUCUCGUUCGCACUCGAUAUUCGUAAUCACCAUUACACAGAAAAACGUCGAGACCGGAUCUGCCAAAAGUGGCCAGCUCUUCCUCGUCGAUCUUGCGGGUAGUGAGAAAGUAGGAAAGACCGGUGCCAGCGGACAGACUCUCGAGGAAGCGAAGAAGAUCAACAAGAGCCUGAGCGCUCUAGGUAUGGUUAUUAACGCGCUUACCGAUGGGAAAUCUACGCACAUACCCUACCGAGAUUCAAAGCUCACCAGAAUAUUACAAGAGAGUUUAGGAGGAAACUCCCGCACAACACUGAUUAUCAAUUGUUCUCCGAGCAGCUACAAUGACGCAGAAACUCUCAGCACCCUUCGAUUUGGUGGAAGAGCAAAAGCUAUCAAGAAUAAGGCGAAGAUCAACCAGGAAUUGAGUCCGGCAGAGUUGAAACACCUUCUCAAGAAGGCCCAAAACCAGGUGACAACCUUCGAGACCUACAUCUCUGCUCUGGAAAGUGAAGUCCAGGUCUGGCGAACCGGGGAAAAUGUCUCAAAGGAGAAAUGGACCACCCUUAGGUCGGCAGACACCGUAGGCAACCUGAAGGCGGACUCCCGUACCACCCGCCCUGGGACCCCGUCUCGACUGCAGUCUGAUAUUUCUCGGUCAGAGACUCCAAGUAGACCGGAUUCGAGGUUCGGCGAGAGAUCAAGCACACCAAGCAUCGUUCUAGAAAGAGACGAGAGAGAGGAGUUUUUGAAGCGUGAGAAUGAGUUACAGGAUCAACUCGCAGAGAAGGAGACAUAUAUUGCCAACGCUGAGAAGGAAGUCCAAGAGAAAAAGGAGGAGCUCAAGAUCCUCAAGGAAAAUGCUAUCAGGACGGGCAAGGAUAAUGAGAAGCUUAAUGCAGACGUUAACGAGCUCCGUAUGCAGCUGGAGAAGGUAUCGUACGAAAGCAAGGAGCAAGCCAUUACCAUGGACACCCUGAAGGAAGCUAACUCCGAGCUUACCGCGGAGCUGGAUGACCUCAAGCAACAGCUUCUCGAUGUACGUAUGCGCGCUAAGGAAACGAGCGCAGCACUUGACGAGAAAGACAAGAAGAAGGCAGAACGCAUGGCAAAGAUGAUGGCUGGGUUUGAUAUGAAAGUGGACGUGUUCUCAGAGAACGAGCGCAAGAUACGGCAGUUGGUCGAGCGUGUCGACGCUCUCCAUGCUACAAGCUCCGCGGGUGAAGCAGUCUCUCCAGACGAGUUUGUCGAACUGCGAGGAAGCCUGGUUGAAGCUCAAGGCGUCAUCAGGCAAGCCGAGCUCGCUAUGAGCAACCGUGAAGACGGCUUCCAUGGUUCCUUUGAUGGAAAGCUGUUGGAUAAAAUAGCUGCACUUCAGCAAGAAGUUGACGAGCUCCUUGAGCAGCAUCUUGGGGAGGCCGACAUCUCUGAGAUCAAGGAGAAACUCAGCAAAGCAUAUACCGACGGAAACGAGCUAGAAAAGAUGGCGAUGGAGCAUCUCAGGCACGAACUAUCGCUUAGGGACGAAGAGCUUCGCCGCCUAAGGCAGUCAGUUGCUGACUCUACACCGCGCCCUCAGCCCAACGGCUCCUCUGUAAGCGCCGGAGGCACGGCGACCAUCAACAGCAAGACUCUGCAGCAGCAGAUUGCUGAUUUUGAUAUCAUGAAGAAGUCUCUUAUGCGUGACUUGCAGAAUAGGUGUGAGCGGGUUGUCGAACUUGAAAUUUCUCUUGAUGAAACCCGUGAGCAGUACAAGCAGGUUCUGCAGUCGUCGAACAACCGCGCCCAGCAGAAGAAGAUGGCAUUCCUGGAGCGCAACCUUGAACAGCUUACCCACGUACAGCGCCAACUAGUGGAACAGAACGGUAGCCUCAAGCGCGAGGUUGCCAUCGCUGAACGAAAGCUGAUAGCUAGAAACGAGCGGAUCGAGAGCCUGGAAACUCUUCUCCAGGAGAGCCAGGAGAAACUAACGGCCGCGAACCAUAGGUUUGAGGCGCAACUCACCGCAGUCAAGGAGCGCCUGGAAGCUGCCAAAGCUGGCUCUACCCGAGGCCUUUCCUCUGACUCAACUGGCUUUGGCUUUGGAGGUUCGAGAAUAGCGAAACCACUCCGUGGCGGAGGCGGAGCGGACAGCCCGUCCAACUCUGCAUUGUCUAGCGUCCAGGCACAGGAAUCCUCAUCAAGCGCCGCCCCAAAACGCACCAGCUGGUUCUUUGACAGACGAUAA